CCAAAAAAUAUAACGGUGACAUCUUUGCUUCCCGGUGGUCACUAGGUCACACCAGGUAGCGACUCGAGAGUGAAACCGACUGCAAGAGAUGGCGGAGGAGAAGGAGUGGGAGGACUGGUGCUUCAUCUGCAAAGACGGUGGUAGCCUAAUGCUCUGCGACUACAAGGACUGUCCGAAAGCUUAUCAUGCCUCUUGCGUUGAAAAUGAUAUCUCAGCUGGAGAGAGUGACUAUUCUUAUAUCUGCGAAUGUCACAGUUGCUACUUGUGUGGGAAGAGACCGAAGCUACUCUGUCUUUGUUGCCCACAGUCUGUAUGUGAAGGCUGUGUUACUCAUGCUGAGUUCAUUCACCUCAAAGAGGAUAAAGGGCUAUGCAACCAGUGCCAGGAGUAUGUGGUUGUUCUAGAAGAGAUCCGAAGAUAUGAUGCUGCUGGGGAUAAGCUCGACCUGACUGAUACCAAUACAUUUGAGUGUCUGUUUCUAGAGUGUUGGGAGAUAGCAAAAAGACAAGAAGAUAUAACUUUUGAGGAUGUCCUUCGCGCCAAAAGUUCACAAAGGAAAGUUCCCAAGCUAAGGCACAAAGAUGACCGCAGAUCUUCACUCAAUGACGCAUACACUUCAAAGUCACAGAAGCGAAUCGUCAACCUGAAGCGCACAGUUGAUCGUAGUAAGCAUUCACUAUCUGCCCACAAAGUUGAUGAUGCAGAAGAUUCCAAAACGGUGGGCAAAAACAAGAAUACGGUGUUUACCAGAUGGGGUUCAAAGCCCCUCAUUGAUUUUCUAACAUCACUAGGGGAAGACACCAGACGUGCGAUGUCACAACGUAGCGUUGAGUCUGUUAUCAACAAAUACAUUCGUCAGGAGAACCUGCUUGACCCUAAAAAGAAGAAGAAAGUUCGUUGUGAUGAGAAGCUGUAUUCUAUCUUCAGGAAGAGGUCUGUGAAGCAAAGAAAGAUUCGUAGACUUUUAGAUGCUCACUUCAGAGAGAACCUUGAGAAGCAGUUGGAAUAUAACACACGUUCGGAACGUGGCUUCAGUGGAAAGAGUGAAAGGGUUCUCAUGCCGUGCAAGAAGAAGCAGAGAAUAGAAAGGUCACAUGAGAAGGAAGUGAAACCUCAAAUCUGGCCAACCAAGACUUAUGAGAAGGAAGUGAAACCUCAAAUCUGGCCAACCAAGUCCUGUAAAAAUGUAGUGAAACCUGAAAUGAAGCCAACGGAGACUUGUGAAAAGGAGGUGAAACCUGAAAUGCGGCCAACUGGUUUCGCUGCGAUCAAUGCAUAUAAUAUAAAGCUUGUUUAUCUGCGGAAGAGCUUAGUUCUAGAGUUAUUGAAGAAGCAUAACGAGAGCUUUGGGGAAAAGGUAGUGGGAAGCUUUGUGAAAGUGAAGAAUGACCCUAGGGACCGUAUAGCGUUCCAGAUCUUGCAGGUAACAGGCAUUAAAACUGCUGAUGGCCAAAGUCAGGGCCUGCUUCUUGAUGUUUCUGGUAUGGCAAGUAGUGUUAGCAUUUCCAAGUUAGAUGAUUCCGACAUAACCAAGGAGGAGAUUGAAAAUUUGAAGCAAAAAGUGACAAGUGGCCUAUUGAGACAGCCAACUGUUGUUGAGAUGGAAAAGAAGGCUAAGGCUCUCCAUGAAGAUAUAACAAAACAUUGGAUUGCAAGGCAGCUUAGCAUCCUGCAGAAACGCAUCAACUGUGCUAAUGAGAAAGGAUGGAGAAACGAAUUAGACGAGUAUUUAGAGCAGAGAGAGCGUCUCCAAAAACCGUCAGAGCAGGAGAGAUUAUUAAGAGAAACUCCAAGGAUCAUUGAAGACCUCAUCGAGAUUAAACGGGAAUCAGCUGCAUCCUCAGAGAGCAGCAAACAAGGGAACAUGAGUGGUAUGUCUCAGGAGGCAGCGAUAGAGAUCGACUGAUGAGUAACCAAAGAUUCUACAGCAUCUUCAACAGGAAGUUGAUUGAUGUUCUUGUGGAUCUUUAUAUGUGUAGUUUGCGUUAGGAAACUAGUAGAACUUAGGAAACUCGGCUAAUCUCUUAAUUUUGGCACUGACAUGACAUGCUGUUGCUAUGUUUGGGUACUUUUGUAUGAUGGUCAUGUAAGUGACAUGUUUCAUGUUCAUGUAUGUUGUAUAUGGCCAUUGACAUGAUCUGUUGUUCUUCAGAGAACUUGGAACCGAAGUUCACAAACUAUUUGCUAUAUGUUGGACUC